GGACAAUAAGUACAUUCCACCAGGGCAACGAAAUAGAGAUUGUGUGUCAUGGAGUAGCAAUAGUGGGAGACAGAAUUCCCCAAGGAUGGGUCAGACUGGAUCAGGACCCACCUCUUCAAGAACAGGAUCCCAUUCUUCUGAAUUUAGCACCAAUUCUAGCACUGACCAAAGGGUUGUUAAUGGAGGUGUUCCCUGGCCAUCGCCUUGUCCAUCUCCUUCCUCCCGCCCACCUUCUCGCUACCAGUCAGGCCCCAACUCUCUUCCACCUCGGGCAGCCACCCCUACAAGGCCUCCCUCCAGGCCCCCUUCGAGGCCAUCCAGGCCCCCGUCUCACCCCUCUGCUCAUGGUUCUCCAGCUCCUGUCUCUACUAUGCCUAAACGCAUGUCUUCAGAAG